GUACACCUGUCUCAUCACACCUGCCUCAGAGGAUUGCUUCAGCCAAUCAGGUGUCAGUGUGUGAAAGCUACCUGUCGGGACAGAUAAAUGUUCCAGCAGCAACAGGCCCAAAUCAAAACCGCUUCACUCAAGGAGGUGCACAGAUAUACCAACUCUUUCUCUCUCUUCCUUUCUCUCUGUCUCUCUUCGUUAUUUCAAUAAAAACGGGAACACACUUUACCAGAGAGGAGAGCUUUGACUGAGGAUUUUAUUUCUGCAGCCUCUGAGGAACGACAUGACCAAGGAGAUUGAGGCUCUGAUGAUUUUGCAAAACGAAAGCUUUAAUUACCCAUGCUACUCUGAUUACCUAAUGGACUCCUGGACAACCUACAUGGACAUUGAUAGCAACAAAUCGAAAUCCAGGCUCACGGAUGAGGAACUUAACAGCAUCUCGAUCUUUAGCGAUAUUUGCAAGACUCCGAAAGAGCAGAAGAUGGCUUCCUAUUCACACAAUGGCAGCACAUUCAAACCAAUGGACAGAACACCCAAUGGCUCGUCCCCUGAGCUAACACCUCUACAAAACUCACACUUCAUGAAGCUGGUGUCCGAUAGCAUUUCCAACACCAAGCAAAUUUCUCCAAGCAACAUCAACUAUGUUCAGGCCGUCGCAGGCGACAGCUACGAAAAGCAAGCCAUCAACAACAUAUUCGAUUCUCUUCUGCUCAACACGCCUCAAAAAAUGUGGCCUUCGGAUACCUCUUACCCAGAUGCCAGCACUGAGCCUCCAGGCUACAGCAGUGAUUUUGUGGGCCACCCAAGUCCCGAUUACUCCGACUCAUACUCGAACUCUCCUCAUGAGAGGUUCAGUAGGAAUGAUUUUCAGUUUAUUCUCGGAGCACCACAAGCCUCCCAAAGCAAGACCACUGAGAUCCCAAUGGUGUACCUGAACAAGGGCCAGUUCUACCCCAUCACCCUGCAGGGAGUGGACAGCAGCGCUGGGAUCUCAUGCAGCAAAGUGAAGACUGUAAUCAUGGCGGUGUUUGAAAAUGAUAAGAGUCCUGAGGUACAGCUGAAGUGCUGGAAUCACUGGCACGCGCGGCAGCCGACCGCUAAGCAGAGGGUCAUUGAUAUCGCCGACUACAAAGAGGUCUUCAGUGGCAUCAGUAAUGUAGACGAGGUCGCUUUUAACGCCUUAUCCUUCAUCUGGAACACAAAUGAAGAAGCGAAGGUGUACAUUGGUAUCAACUCCCUCAGCACAGACUUCUCCUCGCAGAAGGGGGUAAAAGGCUUUCCACUAAACCUGCAGAUCGACACGUACGACUACAGCUCUGGCUCCAACCACCUCAUCCACCGAGCCGCCUGCCAGGUCAAGGUCUUCUGCGAUAAGGGUGCCGAAAGAAAGAUGCGAGACGAAGAACGCAAAAGGACCAAGAGGCGAACCAAGAACGUUGCUGACUCCACUAACGGGGGAAAACAGACUCUGGUUUCCAGUUCCAUUGCGAAGGACUGUACAUUCUUUAAGACCCUGGACGACCACGUCACACAACCUGUGCUGUUUAUCCCCGAAACCCACUACAGCAACCUGCGUUUGCCGGUGACGACCAGUACAGAGGAAAACGAGAGGAACUCGCUGAAACGCGUCGCCUGUUUCUCCGAGUCAGCAGAGCAGUGUGGCUCGCCGCCUGCCAAGCAAGCGCGCAAGGAUCAACAACAACAGCGAGUCCUCCUGUACGUACGGCAAGAGUCGGAGGAAGUGUUCGACGCCCUCAUGCUGAACUCGCCCACCCUAAAAGGACUCAGACAAGCGAUUUCGGAAAAGUACGGCCUGCAAGAAGACACCAUCGGAAAAAUCUUCAAAAAAUGCAAACGAGGGAUUUUUGUGAACAUGGACGACAACAUCAUCGAACAUUACAGCAACCAUUCCGCCUUCCUCAUCGAGAUCACCGAGUUCAUGCCCAGUCAGUUCCAAGUCACGCUACUCGAGUUAUGAGUGACCUACAUCACCUUCCAAGUCCCGCCCCCUUCACUGGCAGUGUCUCGCAAGCCUGCCAAUCAGAAAGCACUGCCACAUCUCAGAGAGAAUUGUAUUAUUUGUAUUUUUUUAUGGUUCAAAGCUGUCGCCAGGGGGACAAUAAAGCGCUGCAGGUUUACAGCUACACAUCAGCAUCAGCACCAUCUUCAUUACCUCUGUAAAUACCAUUUAUUUCCCCCGUUUUUUCUUAAUUAUUGUUGUUGUUUUUUUUAAACCUGUAAGCAAUUACGAUGCGCUGAACAAAAUGAACGAGUUGUAAAUAACAAUUGUAAAUGCAAGUGAAAAUAUUUGUUAACAAAAUGUAUAAAACUUUGGAAGUCUUAUGAUACGAUAGAUGCGAUUUCUUAAUAUUUCUUAAUAUUUGCAAUGUCUGCCCCGCCCCCUUAUUAUCGCUGCUUUGUAUGGGCUCAUCAUUUCUGUGGAAGGAAAAACAGUACAUGGUAGUGGUAUCGCUUUACGCAUUGCGCUUGUGUCGAUUCCUUUAGCUUCACGUAUGCGCCGCCUAGCGCUAGGAAGGUUCAUACACUUCUGUACUCUGUCGCUUCACACUAGCCUGCCUGUUUGACAUAUCAGGAAUUGUCCAAAGUCCAAACCGGGGCAGUUGUAAAAGUUCUAACGUCGCACAUUUCCUGCCUGCGGAGCUGCAUUUCUGUCUCAGUGUUUCACCCGUGAAAAAAUCAGUAGCGCGUGACUUUUCCAGUCGCUCACCGCCGACUCCGCACAUUUCGAGGCUGCACAAGCAUUACGGGUUUCACGGCGAUGUAGCCUCUCGUCCUCCCACAUUUAGUUUAAAAAAAAAAAGAGGGAAAGAAAAAAGAACCACAACAAAUUUUUUAAAAAUCUUUGUUGAAGUUCGGAUUGAUGAUCUGAGGUGUUUUGUGGAAUUCUUUCGUCUAUUCGGAUUUCACAUCACAAGCAUUUCAACCGCUUUGUGUUUCCAUUGUAUAUCGUUGGAAUUUUGCAACAUUUACCCUGUUUGCUUUUGUAUUUCGUCUACUUUUAUAAGGAAAAUUAAUAAUAAUAAAAAAAGAUGUAAAAAAUUA